AUGGAGAAGGACGAGGUGAAGGUGGCGGGACCGGAGGAUGGCAACGGCGUGGCUGCGCAGCUGUCGCGCGCCCUAUUUUCGCGGGGCAAGUACGACAACCCGUGGUCGACGUGGCAGGCUCGCACCCCCUACGAGGCCCUCAAGUGGACCCUCUCGCGCAAGACCCCGCCUCUCCCCUCCAAAGAAGAGCUCGACCGCGAGCUGCCGGUAGAGAAGCCCGACUGGGAGGCCAUCAACAACCCGCAGACCUCUUGCCCCCUGCGAGGCAGCGAUCAGGCCGACGGCAGCGACUGCGAUGAAGCUGAAGCCGAGGACGCGACAAGCUCCGCCAGCGGUCGUUCGGCGUCGUGCAUUCAGACAACGUGGGUCGGGCACUCCACCUUCCUCGUGCAGAUGGAGGGCGUCAACUUCCUCACCGUGUGGGCUGAUCGGUGUUCGCCUCUCAAUUCGGUCCACCUCGGCCCCAAGCGCUUCCGGCCCGUGCCCUUCGGUCUCGAUGAGCUGCCCCAGAUUGACUUCGUGAUCGUCAGCCACAACCACUAUGACCACCUGGACAUCGGCGUUGUUGAACAUUUGGGCAACAAGGCGAAAUGGUACGUGCCGAUUGGGCUGCGGAAGUGGUUCCAGAGCUGCGGCGUGGAGAACGUCGAGGAGCUCAACUGGUGGGAGAGCGCCGAGUUCGUCAAAACCGUCCCCAGCGACGAUGGCGGAGAGCGGGAGGUGCGGAUUCAGGUGGUGGCCACGCCGUGCCAGCAUUGGUCGAUUCGCAGCGGCUUCGAUCGGUGCAAGAGCCUGUGGACCAGCUGGGCGGUGGCCGGCGCGUCGAAUCGCGUGUGGUUCGCCGGCGACACGGGCUACUGCCCGGCCUUCAAGGAGAUCGGCGACACCCUCGGCCCCUUCAAUCUCGGGCUCAUCCCCAUUGGUGCCUAUUGUCCGCGCGACUUCAUGCAGCCACAGCACAUCGACCCAGCGGAGGCGGUGCAGAUCCACGAGGACAUCAGGGCGCACACGUCGAUCGGGAUGCACUGGGGCACGUUCGUGCUCACGGACGAGCACGUGUUCGAACCGCGCUCGCGAAUCGCCGAGCUCGUGAAUGCCAAGAACAUGCGCGGCGACGAGUUCAUCACCGUGCGCCACGGCGAGACCAAGGUGCUGCCCACAAGCCCGUUUGCCGAGUGGAAGGCGAUCACCCCAGAGCUGCUCCAGGACGAGAGAGACAACAAGGAAGAGGAGACCAAGUGA